GAACUCGUUCAAAAUAUAUUUAGAUUACUGAGAGAGAGCGGCAGAUCUACCAACUCGCCGAUUUAUGUUGUCGGCAUCUUUUCUGGAGUUGACAAGCUGGGGGAAGGAUUCGGUAGUUCACUAAAGAUGGCGGAAUACCGAGCAGCAGAGGAUGCACUCCAUCGGCUUUACCUCACUCGAGUACCAAGUGACCUUGUAACCCUCCCGACCACCGCUUUCCCAACGCCCUUACCCAAACAACAAAAAUCUAUCUACGAUUCUGCCCCUGUUUCUGAGUCAGCGGAAACGACACCAUAUAUCCCAUUCCAAUUCCCGGCGCACAACGCCACCUCUCCAGGCGAAAUGACCACUAUUGGACAAUCAGAGAUUCUCUACGGAACCAACGACUCCAAUGAUGUCAAUGAUAGCAAGGAGGGAGAGGAAGAAGGAAAGGGCAAUAGAGGAGGGACGUCCACAGCUUUUGAUGAGGAAGAAGAUGAGAACGAAGAGGAGAUUACGAAGAUCUCUCGUAGGACAUUCGAGAAGGCUUGCCUAGAAAUCGGUCGUUCCCUUCCAAAAUGUUCCACGGUGAAACUCAGAGUGAGUUUUGGGUCACGAAAUUUGAGGAGAUCUCGCAAAUCAACUGAUCUCGAUAAGAAGAAUGUAUGGGCGAAUUUACGAGCCACCGCUAGCGAUCGAUGGUGUAGAAGAUGGCUUUUCAUGGUAGAAAUGAAUUCAGUAUUUCUGUUCAAACGGACCGAGCAACAAAUCAGAAAAAAAGAGAGCUCACCUUUCGUUGCCAACAACAAGUAUGAUGUCCUACAUAUGCAUUUGCUGCCGCUUUCAGGGCGCGGGUUGGCAAAUGUGGGUAACUUGCAUGUAGAUAUUCUGUUGCGAAAAGCCCCAGUAGUGUGUUUCCCAAUGAGGCAAGCAUCCCAUUUGUUGGGGGAGUUGAUUCAUUGGGGUACAUUGACGCAUGUUGGCGUGCAAAAGAGUCAUGAGUGCAAGCCUGUCGAAGUAGUAGUGCCAUUUGUUCGUCUGGAAAAAUGUGAACACGGCAAUCUAUGCCAAUCCUAUGCGCCAAGGCAACAAGAGCACUGUUUGGAGGUGGUUGAAGAGAGUCCCAAUGAGCUGCUACGCCAGGUUUUUGUGCAUCUAGCAGUUCUGUGGGUGGGAAUCGGUGUUUCUCAGAAGGAGGUGACAGCGACAUCGUUGGGAUAG